AUGCCCCCCUCCAAGUGGGAUGAUGAGGAGGAGAGUGACUCCUCUCCCGUUGUUGCUGCUCCCCGCCGCCGAUUUGAGGAUGAGGAGGAUGACGAGGUCCUCGACUCCUGGGAUGCCGCCGAAGAUUCCGAGGUAGAGCGCGAGAAAGCCAAGAAGGCCGAAGAAGCCGAAGCUGCGAAGAAGGCUGCCGCCGCCGCGAACAAGAAGACCAAGGCUCAGCGGAUAGAGGAGCACCGCGACCAGCGCCGCCGCGAUGCCGAAGCCAGUGGGGACUUCGACGCUGAUGAGACCGAGGCCGAGCGCCGUGAGCGCAUCCGCAAGCAGGAGCAGGAUUCCGACCUUCAGCACGCCACUGACCUCUUCUCGGAUAUCGACAUGAACCGUAACCGUGGAGCCCCCAAGGCUGUUGUUGUCACCGACUCUGCCGACCCUACCAACUCCAUCGAUCUGUCUUCCAUGGCUCUGUUCAAGCCCACCACCAAGGAUCAAUUCAACCGUCUGUCCGAUGUCCUCCUCCCUCUGCUCACCCCGCACUCCAAGAAGCCUCAGUACGCUAUCUGGGCCCAGGACUUUGCUCGCAAGCUUGUCAAGGAGCUGCCUAGUUCCGAGAUCAAGAAGAUUGGCAGUGCGCUCACCACAGCUAGUAACGAGAAGAUGCGUGAGGAGCGUGCGGCUGAUAAGGGUAACAAGAAGACCAAGGCUGCUAAGACUAAGAUCUCCCUUAAUGCUAGCCGGGACAACCAGAUCGAUAAGAAUCCCUACGAAGGUGAUGAUGGCCUUGGUGAUGAUGACUUCAUGUGA